GGACCGAGGGCCACAUGGACCCCCGCGGCGGCGCCGGGGCGCCGGGGUCCGGACCCGGGCAGGGCGCCGACGCGGCGGCCGGCGGCCGCAGUGAGCAAGAAGAUCGAAACAAGGCUUCCCAAGAACUCAUCACGAUUGUCCAAGAGAUGAAAAAAUACUUGCCAGCGGAGCGACGUCGGAAACCGAGCACCCUAGAGGCCCUCCACUACGCCCUCCGCUGCGUCCACAGUGUGCAAGCAAACAGUGAAUUUUUCCAGAUUCUCAGCCCAUGUGGCGCGGCCUGGGCAGACGUGGCUGCGUACAGUCUGGAGGAGCUGGCCACUGUGGCUUCGGAGCACACGUCCAAGAACACAGAUACCUUUGUGGCAGUGUUUUCAUUUCUCUCUGGAAGGUUAGUGCACAUUUCUGAGCAGGCAGCUUUGAUUCUGAACUGUAAGAAAGAUUUCCUGGAAUCCUCUCACUUUGUUGACUUGCUCGCUCCACAAGACGUGAGGGUGUUCUACACGCACACAGCUGGAGCUCAGCUUCCCGUCUGGAACAGCUGGACCCAAGGAGCAUCCCAGUGUGAAUAUACUCCGGUGAAGCCCUUCUUCUGCAGGAUCCGUGGAGGCCGAGACAAAGCGCAGGCGAAGCAUUACACCCCGUUCCGGAUCCUUCCCUAUCUGGUUCACGUACAUAGUUCUGCCCAGCCGGCAUCAGAGCCUUGCUGUCUCACACUGAUUGAGAAGACUCGCUCUGGUUACGAAGCUCCUCGAAUCCCAGUGGGCAAAAGAAUUUUUACCACAACACACACUCCAGGCUGUGUGUUCCUUGAAGUAGAUGAAAGAGCAGUGCCUUUGCUAGGCUACCUACCUCAGGAUCUGAUUGGGACCUCCAUCUUAACAUACUUGCACCCAGAAGACCGCCCUCUGAUGUUUGUCAUGCACCAAAAAGUCUUGAAGUACGUAGGCCACCCUCCCUUUGAACACUCACCCGUUCGAUUCCGCACUCAGAAUGGAGAUUACGUCACACUGGAUUCCAGCUGGUCCAGCUUUGUGAACCCCUGGAGCCGGAAAGUAGCUUUCAUCAUUGGUCGGCAUAAAGUUCAAACGAGUCCACUAAAUGAGGAUGUUUUUGCUACCAGAAUAAAACAGACAAACAAUAGUGACAAAGACAUAACAGAAUUACAAGAGCAAAUUCACAAACUUCUCUUGCAGCCAGUCCACGCGAGUGCUUCCAGCGGCUACGGGAGCCUGGGCAGCAGCGGGUCCCAGGAGCAGCUGGCCGGUGUCGCGUCCUCCAGUGAGUCCAGCGGGCACUGCACUGAGGAUGCGCCCAAAGAGCUGCUGACCUUGAAGCAGGUCUAUGCCAAUGUAAAUGAGAUGAAGCAUCUGGGUCAGCAGCUGUACAUGGAGUCAAAGACCAAACGGUCAGUCAAGCCAGGGAUGAGGAUGCGGACAGAACUGCAGGGCGGCGGUGAGCAGAAGGCCUGUUUUUCCUCCCAGACCUUGGGGAAUAAAAGCAUGCACACUGAGCCUUGUGAAGAUCUGAGGGAAGAAGACCAGCGUAGCCCAUCCUAUCAACAGAUAAACUGCAUUGACAGUGUCAUCAGGUACCUGAAGAGCUACCACAUCCCAGCUUUGAAAAGGAAGUGCAUCUCCUGUGCAAAUACAACUUCUUCAUCCUCAGAAGAGGACAGACAACACCACAAGGCAGACGGCAGCCAGGCAUUGCAAGCUGCUGUGCAGAACCCGGCCCUAGCUGCCAUGGAACUGCCAACCAAUGGGCAGUGUGCAAACGCUGAAGGAGGAGUUGCGCGGACCCUGUCCACGGCCGCCCUGAGCCUAGGGUCGGCCGAGAGCCAGUGCAGCUGCAGGAGCAGCCUUGCCUGGGCCUCACCCCUGCAGUCAGAGGGUGCCGCCGUGACGGGUGAGCCCCGGGCCCCGGAGGCGCCGCCCCGGCCGCUGACGGCCGAGGAGAUCAGACACGUCGGGCUCACGGCGGCCGUGCUGUCGGCCCACACGCAGAAGGAGGAACAGAACUACGUCCACAGCGUUCGGGAGAAGAUCCUGGCGUCGCCCUAUAGCUGCUAUCUUCAGCAAGAAAGUAGAAGCAAAGCAAAAUACUCCUGCGUUCAAGGAGCUUCUCCUUCCGGGCAGAGCAGAUGGACCGGGGGCAAGAAGGGGAAGCACAAACGUCAGAGGCUGCCGGUGGCCCCGGACCCCAGCAGCUCGGCUCCUGGCUUCUGUCCCCACGCCGGGGCAGUGCUCCUGGGUGUGCAGCCCUGGGGGCCCCCCGCGGCCUCCUGCCCCAGCGCCCCGGUGCUCCCCAGCCAAGCCCCUCCCCCCCUCCCCGUGUACCCCCUCCCGGCCUGGAGCUCUGUGUUGGGGGGAGGCCCGGCCGCCUCUGCCGCUGCCCCCGCACACCCUCCCCAGCCGCCCUUGGCCGGUGGCCUGCAGGCUCUUCCAGCCUUCCCUCCUCCCCACGUGGACACCUGGAUGACCAUCUUCCUGCACAACCCCCCUGUCUGUUCGCCGUGGCCACCGUCCUCCUCUCCAUAUCUGUUCCUGGGGGACCUAGGCUCUCCUGAAGUGCUGACCUCGGUACCAGUUUCAAACCUGGAGCCGCCUCCUCCCGCCAGCAGCCAAAGGAGAGCGGAGGAAACGUGGGAGACGCGGAGUGCGGGGCACCCACUUCUGAGUUCGAGGAGCAGCUCCCCCUUGCAGCUGAACCUGCUCCAGGAGGAAAUGCCCCCUCCCUCGGAGUCUGCACGUGCAGGGGGGAGGGGCGACCGCCCGGAGCUCGGAGGCCCCUGCAUCGCAGAGCAGCGUGGUGACGGGAGCGGCGCCCCUGCUGCUGCAGACCCGCGCACGGCGCCCCUGCGCCGGGACUCUCCGCCCGGAGCCGCAGGAAGCAGUGGCAGCAGCGAGUGUUCCUUGGAAACCCCGAGAAGCGGGCAGCAGUCUCGGGGUGCACAGAGGAAAGAAGCUUUGCCCGGCUCAGCCCCCGAGUCCGUCUGGAGAAUGAUAGAGCAAACACCGGAGGGGGUGCUGAUGACCUACCAGAUGCCCGAGAGGAUUAAAGAAGUAGUACUGAAGGAAGACCUAGAACAGCUGGAAGGCAUGAGGCAGCACCAGCCCCACUUUUCUCCUGGGCAGAGGGAGGAGCUCGCCAAGGUGCAUCGUUGGAUUCAAAGCCAGAGUAUCCCUCAAGAAAUGCAUACGCCAAGCCACGUUGCCUGCGAGAACAGAAGCUCGCCUGAGGGCCCUCUGCAGGGCCUGGGGGGCUGCGGCCAGCGGAAGCCAGCGGCUGAGCAACCGUGAAGAUGUUCCCUCGCACCCUGUCCGCCAUCGCCGCGUCUGGCGGGACCCCAUCUGGCCUGACCAGAGUCGUCAUCAAGGUUUUCCUCCACCUUUCUCAUGCUCCUGACGUAUUAGCACUGCCAGUUAGACUCAGCCUCUGGCUUCGCAGUCUGCUAGAGGAUUGGACUGCCCCUGAAGAGCUCUGUGAAUGACACUGUCACCCUAGACCAAUUCUAGCGCAAAGCGUAGCGGGGGUGGCCCGGGAGUGGGCAGAGAACCUGUCUGUUCUCGGCUGACCCUGGCUGGAGGAAAGGGCUCCUGCGGUGGUCAGCAGUUCGAAUUCUGGUGUUCGCACAUUCUCCGUGUCCCCCAAGGCCGCACAGCUUGGUGCUUCCACUGGAGAUCUCCCGUGAGACGGUCCACCUCCCCACAACGCCCUGCAGUCCACACAGUCCAGCAGUGGGUCUGGAAGUGCCUAGUUUUUAGGUUCAGCUUUGACCUUUAUUCCGAUAGAUGCGUAACACUUUGGUUUUCCACCUGUCCUUGAACUUCUGAAAGUCUUUCCCUAAAGAUCUAUUGAGUUAAGAGAGAUAUUUUUUUGGAGAACUAAAAUUAACAUCAGGUUCGUAAUGUUAAGAGAAUUCUCAUGAUUGUGGUUUUAAAAUGUCUGUAAAAAGUUCCAACUAUUCUGUAAGCUAAUGUUGUUGUUCACGCUUAUGUGUUUACAUGCUGUCUUACCAGAACUAACAGUUCCCCUUUCCUCCUCCGUGGGCUCACA